AUGGCAGAGUCCUGUGGACCGGUCACGCGUUCACGCGUGAAGAGCAGCAGCAGCAAUUCCAGCAACGCCUGCAGCACCAGCAGCAGUGGCGGCAGCAGCAGCAGCGGUUGCGGCGGAAAUGUUCCCACGGGCACGGCUUUUUAUCAGUGGGCUGUAUCCCCUGUCUGUGACCGCAUCUGUCAGCGGUUGCCUCGCUGGGUUCAUCCUGACCUUGUUUCCUUCUUGGGUUUGGCUUGUGCUGCUGCUGCUGCUUUCUGCUGCUGCACUCCCCAUGCCCCAGAUAGCACCACGAGGCUCGCAGCUUCGGCCUUCUUCUGGAUCCUCUAUGCGCUCCUAGACAACCUAGACGGGAAACAAGCUCGCCGUUUGGGCUUGUGCAGCGCCGGCGGGGAUUUCUUUGAUCACUCGAGUGAUUCUAUUUCUUCUUCGUUUGCUGCUCUCAUCAUCUUGCAUAUGUUGUGUGGGCGUGUAUCAACGGCAGCAGAAUCCGCAGCAGCAGGGCAGCAGCAGGCCUGUGUGUCUUUGGCUUUCCUGCGACAUAUUCCGUUGUUGAGGGCUCUACUGCCGGGUGGGGGUUCAGGGUUUAGGGUUUGCUUCCAAGCGAUCUCCCAGCUGGACAUACACCCCAGCCUCUUUCAACUCUCCUUCAUUGUCUUGGCUCAGCUUCCUUUCUUCACCGCUACAUGGGCCCACCCCAUUGUGGGGAGAACGAUGCUAUCCGCCGAUUUAGACGGGCCAGGAACAUUCUCCGUGGACGAGUUGAAUUUUCUGGUCAUCCCUGGUCUGCUGCUGUUGCGAGCGCUUUAUCCUACAUUUUUUGUUUUGUCUGUCUUUGAGGGGUUAGAGAUGCUGCCUUUUGUUGGGGGUUGGUUGUCUGCUACAGCAGCAGCAGCAGCCCAGCGUUGCAGCAGCUUCUUCGUGCCGCAGCCGCAGCAGCAGCAAGUGAUGUUGCUGCUGCAGCAGCAGCUCUCCAUAGGAUUCUGUGUACUCCUCGUUUCUGACGCAUUCUGCAUUUACCAGUCUUCUCGGCUCCUGAUAAGUCUGAUGUCUCGGGAGCACCUGCCGCGGUUUGUUCCUGGCCUUUGCUUUUUUGCUGCUGUAAGCGAUAGAAGAACUAGGGUUUAG